UGUAAGCCUCAGCGACGUGACUUUACCACUUUGCCCGAGCCUUCGUCGUAUUCGAUGGAUUCCGUUGUUUCCGCGAUUGCGCAUUGCCUGAUCCGGGCCACAGCCCCGGCCGAACUGAGUCUAUGCAUGGCGUUCAAAUGAACCAAAAUCUACUAUACAUAUAAGCACAUCGCAGUGGAUUAACAGGAGAAUUGACACCCAACGAUCCUUAUCUAGACGUAUUUUAUUGUAUUGACCUCAAACCGCGAAACAGUCUUAACAAACAACAUGGCUUCGGACGAUGUCGUGUGCGAUGUGCUGGUUGUUGGAGCUGGUCCUGCUGGCUUCAUGGCCAGUUUAACGUUAGCACGCUAUGAUAUAAAUGUUCGAAUCAUUGACGCGCGACCGGAGAGGAUACAAACUGGACAUGCUGGAGGAGUGCAGCCACGAACUCAGGAAAUUUUGCAAACCUUAAAUCUGAGACAUAGACUUGAUAUUCAAGGUAAUCACGUUAGCGAAACUGCCUUUUGGGCGAUUGAUGAGGGCGGGAAGUUUCAAAGAACACAUAUCGGCGGGGAAAUUCAGAACCCAACCCCGUAUCCCUGGAUUCUUAGUAUCCCUCAGCGCGAAACCGAGCGUGCAUUCGACGAGGAUCUGAAGUCAAGGGGAUUCGUCGUCGACCGUCCUGUAGAGUUGGUGAAUUUUACAUAUACUGAUGAUCAAGAAUACCCCCUGCGCGUCAGCGUCAAGAACCAAUACACCAAUAUUACAUCGAUCUACCGAACUAAGUAUAUUAUUGGGUCAGAUGGAGCAGCGAGCAAAACCAGGCAGAUACUAGGAUUCGAUUCACAAACACAUGGAAACGACGAUGUUUGGUGUGUAGCUGAUUUGCAUCUUGACACCGAUUUUCCUGAUGUGCGUCGCCGGUGUGCGAUACGCUCGCAAAAAGGUGGCAUCAUGCUGAUUCCCAAUCCACGGGAUAUGAAUCGCAUCUAUACACAACUUAAUACUGCAGAUCUUGCGAUUGUGGAAGAUGGACACAACAAUGGCGUAAAUGGUGACGCGACGAAUGGGGACAAGGUCAUGAUCCGCCCCAAAUACAGUGACACAGCUUUAUUAGAGCUGUUGCGUCAACGUGUGCGGGAUAUCGUUGCCCCAUACAAAAUGGAGAUCAAAAAGCUGGUUUGGAUAAGUCAGUACCGCCUCCGCCAGCGAAUUGUUGAGGCCUUUUCGGAUAGCAAGCGUGUAUUCAUCGUUGGUGAUGCUUGUCACACGCAUAGUCCUAAGGCUGCUCAGGGGCUAAAUAUAAGCAUGGCCGACUCAUAUAACCUUACUUGGAAGCUAGCAUUGGUAUUGAAGGGCCGGGCUAGCCCAGCUCUUCUAGAUACUUACGCAAUCGAACGUCGCCAACUUGCCCAAGAACUUCUUGAUUUCGAUGCAAAAUUUUCUCAUCUCUUCGCGCGUAAGGACUUUCUCGACAACUCGACAUUCCACGAAGUGUACGACAAAGCUCACGGUUUCACUUCCGGCGUCGGCCAGCAAUAUCAGCCUGGACCAUUGACUCUAAACAAUGAGUCAAAUAAGGCCAUUAUUAAUGAAAAUGCGGUUGAGCCUUUGACCCCAGGAAAGCGUCUGUACCCUUUCAAUCUUCAACGACAUAUAGACGGUACCCCGCUCAAUAUUCUGGACGAUUUCCCUUCAAAUGGCCGAUUCCAUCUCUUCGUGUUUGCCGGGAAUUCAAUUUCACAGAAUAGAUUAGCGCCACUGGAUGAAUAUCUGGCAUCGUCUGACUCGGCUCUCCUGCGUUUCGACAAGUCUGCCAACCAGACCUGGGGAUUUGAAGAUGUUUACUAUUCCAACCCCCAAAACAAGGAUCGCAUCGUAGACUUUUAUUUCGUACACACGGACAACAAGUAUGAAAUAAACUUGGACGAACUCUCAGCUCCUCUAAAGCUAUGGAAAUACCGCAUCUAUUCUGACAAGGAUAAAUCUGUCCACACCACACUAGGCGUCGAUCCAAAUGUUGGCGCUAUGGCAUUAGUUCGUCCGGAUGGCCAUAUCAGCAUCGUCGUUGCUUUGAACGAAGGCGAGAAGGUUACCAAGCUCUUAGAGAAAUAUUUGUAUUGAAAAACUAGCAGAGAACAGUCACUAG